AUGAGCUCGACACUUGAUGUAAAGUUAAAUCGUAUUGAUCGCAUCUUCCAUCCUCAUGAUAUCAUUCAAGGUCAAGUGAUCAUUUCAUCACCAAAGGGAUUUUCCCAUCAAGGUCUUGCUAUGAAGGUCGAAGGCACUGCUCGGCUUCAUCUUCCUACAAAAACCACUGGAAUGUUUGAUUCGUUACACAAUAAUGUGGCACUUAUGGAACUCGUCUACUUUCAUUUGCCCGUGGCUCCAGCGGGCAAAGUCUUUCCUGGAAUUUCCAAAUUCCCGUUCGAGUUUGAACUACAAGGCAAUGACGGUCAGGAACUACUAGAGACGUAUCACGGCGUACAUGUAUCUGUAAAGUAUGAGAUAAUGUGUGACUGCAUUCGUGGAAUCAUGAAAAACAAAUUGCACAAGACCCUUGAGUUUGUCGUGGAAGUUCCGCUAAGAGAGCCACUACCAGACUCGCCGGCAGAAUUCCAGAUCACUCCAGCGUCGGUGGAGAAUGUGCGCCCGCAAAACCUAUCAGCAAUGCCAUUGUUUCAUAUUCUGGGCAAGAUUCACCGUACAAACUGUCCAGUUAACUUGCCGUUUACAGGCGAGAUAAUUAUCGAGGAAGCAAACAGUCCGAUCAAGUCAAUUGAACUUCAGUUGAUUCGAGUUGAGAGUGUUGCGCACGCUGACGGAGUCGCGAGAGAUGCAACAGAAAUCCAAAACGUUCAAAUUGGAUGGGGAGACGUGUGCCGUCAAAUGGCGAUCCCGAUCUAUAUGAUCUUCCCUCGCUUAUUCACGUGUCCGACAAUGCUGGCUCCAGCUUUCAAGGUUGAAUUCGAGACCAAUGUGGUUGUUCUCUUUGAAAAUGGCCACAUGAUUACAGAAAACUUCCCAAUCAUAUUGUAUCGGUAG